AAACACCACCGAUUCGCGCACCGUCCCUCUCGCCCGCCCGCCCGCGCACGCACCACACCGCACCACGGCGCCAGGACGAGCACGGGAGCGCCACCGGAUCGAAGGAUAAAGGCCCUCUCCUCCCCCCGGUCGCUGGAUCCGGCCCUCGGGGGACCGAUCCCUCCGCGCCGGCGAUGGACUCCUCCUCCUCCUCCUCCGCCCAUGGCAGCGGCGCCGGCGCCGGCCUGCUGGGCCGGGGCGGGGGCAAGGGCGGGAGCGGCACCGGCACCGGCAUCGGGAGCGGGAGCGGGAUCGGCGGGGACAGCACGUCGACCAUCGGCGGGGGCGGCGCGUCGGCGGAUGCGUGGACCCGGCUCGUCAGCUCCGGCGUGGAGGACGACCUGGUGUGCGCCGUGGGAGCCGGGGCUGGGUUCGGGGCGGGUGGCCUGCCGUACGGCUACUUCCUCGAUGCCUGCUUCCUCUGCCGGAAGCCGAUCGCCAGCAACCGCGACAUCUUCAUGUACAGAGGGGACAUCGCGUUCUGCAGCGAGGAGUGCAGGACGGAGCAGAUGGAGGCGGACGAGGAGAUGGAGAGGAAGGAGAAGAGCGCGUCCGCCAAGAAGCUGUCGCAGAGGCCGCCGUCCCUGGGCGAGGUGGAAUCCCCGCCGCGGCCGCCCAAGACCAGGGCCGGGUCAAUCCUCGCCGGCUGACAGGAACUGAGCUGCUCCUUUUCCCCCAGGCCAAGAUCCACCAUUACCCACCAUCAGAAGAAAGAAACUACCGCUUAAUUACUUACAGCCAGGCAACCAGUGACAUAUAUGGGUUUGUGUUUUUUGUUUGAACCCCUUGCGCUUUUGGUGGUGUUGCGACCAUGGUUUUUGUGCCUGCAGCAGCAGCAGCCUGUAUCGGUGGCGAACAUGAUGUAUAGGUUAGAGACUGAAGGAAGGGAAAUGGUGGCCAGUGCUGCUUCCUAUGCUGGGACUGUGCUGCCAGGGGUUUCCCGGGCUCUGUUCUUAAUUAUUUUUCUUUGUGUUUUGUAGUAGUUGUUGGUGAAUGGUGAUGGUGGUGGUAGGUUUAAGGUUUUUCUAAUGAAGCGGGUGGAACAUAUGGGCAAAGAAGAAACUGACAUAUGGGUGACUGAAUCCCCGACUUUUUCACCCAUGUAUCAGCAGGUCCUGUCAAGAUCUUGCGAGUUGUGCGUGUGUGUGUGUGUGUGUUGACGGAGGCCGUCGGUUUUUGGCCGGCUCUCCUGAUUAACUUGCUGCUAGUAUAAUAA